GUUCAUUUGUGUCGUCACGAUAAAAAACCUAAUUGUCUCAGCUUGUAUAUCGAAAAUAAUAAACAUCGUUUUAAAUAUGAUAUCUGGUUCUGCAACAACUGGAGUUAGUGCUUUGACAAAAGCUAAUGCAUACGAGAACGAUCACAUUGAUGUUGUGGAAUACGCAAACGAAGGCGGAUUUUUCCAUGCCGAUUACAAGAAGCAUGACGAUUUGAAGCAAAUGCUCGAUAGUAAUAAAGACAGCCUGAAACUAGAAGCUAUGAAGCGAAUUAUCGGAAUGAUUGCAAAAGGUCGGGAUGCAUCUGAUUUAUUUCCAGCUGUCGUAAAAAAUGUAGUUUCGAAGAAUAUUGAAGUUAAAAAGCUUGUAUACGUCUAUUUAGUUCGUUAUGCUGAAGAACAGCAGGAUCUUGCUCUUUUAUCAAUUUCAACUUUCCAGCGAGCUUUGAAAGAUCCCAAUCAACUAAUCCGGGCAAGUGCUUUACGAGUUCUUUCUAGUAUUAGAGUAUCCAUGAUUGUGCCGAUUGUGAUGUUAGCCAUUAGAGAUUCGGCUACGGAUAUGAGUCCAUAUGUUCGAAAAACUGCCGCACACGCCAUACCGAAACUUUACAACUUAGAUCCUGAACAAAAGAACGAAUUGAUCGGUGUUAUCGAAAAAUUACUUUCCGAUAGGACGACAUUAGUUGUUGGAUCAGCUGUAAUGGCGUUCGAAGAUGUUUGUCCGGAACGAACAGAUCUUAUUCAUAAAAAUUAUCGUAAGUUGUGUAAUCUACUUGUAGAUGUUGACGAAUGGGGGCAGGUUUUAAUUAUCAACAUGUUAACGAGAUAUGCCAGGACGCAGUUUCUUGAUCCAAAUAUAGAUGAUUAUUUUGAGGAGAACGACGAACAACCUUUCUAUGAUGAAGAACUUUCAGAAUCAAAGCAAGGAAAAAAUAUUUUCAAUCCGGCAAAGAAAACAUAUUCAUUAGAUAUCGAUCAUCGUCUGUUGUUGCGCCAAACAAAACCUUUGCUUCAAAGUCGCAAUGCAUCUGUCGUGAUGGCGGUUGCACAACUGUAUCAUCACAUUGCUCCUAAGAAUGAGGUGAUUAUCGUGGCGAAAGCUUUGAUUCGUUUGCUUCGAAGUCAUAAAGAAGUACAAAGCGUGGUCUUAACAUGCAUCGCAUCAAUGUCUGCGGAGAGAAAAUCUAUCUUUGAACAAUAUCUAAAAUCUUUCUUUGUGCGUACCAGCGAUCAAACUCAUAUUAAACUAAUGAAACUGGAUAUUUUAACAAGUCUGGCAACUGAGACUAGCAUUGCGGUAAUUUUACGUGAAUUUCAAGCAUACAUCAGCAGCAAUGAUAAGGAUUUUGUUGCUUCGACCAUUCAAGCUAUAGGUAGAUGUGCAGCUUCAAUAAAAGAAGUUACUGAUACUUGUUUGAGUGGGUUGGUUCAUCUGUUAUCUAACAAAGAUGAAUAUGUGGUUGCGGAAAGCGUAGUUGUCAUAAAGAAACUUUUACAAACGCAAAAGGAAGAACAUUUUGAUAUUAUAACGCAAAUGGCUAAACUACUUGGCUUCAUUCAGGUUCCUGCCGCUCGUGCUUCUAUUCUUUGGUUAAUAGGAGAAUACAACACAAAGGUUCCAAAAAUAGCCCCUGAUGUACUUCGUAAACUAGCUAAAACCUUUAUUGACGAAGAAGAUAUUGUUAAAUUGCAAAUUUUGAAUUUAGCUAUGAAACUGUAUCUUAAUAAUCCAGAACAAACUGAGUUACUUUGGCAGUACUUAUUCAAUAUGGCACGAUACGACCAAAACUACGACAUUAGAGAUCGAGCAAGAUUUUUAAAACAUUUAAUGUUUCCUUCCAGUGGGAAACAAACUACUUUAGCAAAAAAUGCAAGAAAUAUUUUUCUUGUUAAAAAGCAAGCUCCAACGCUAGAAAGUAAAUACAACGGUAGAAAGCACUUUCAGCUCGGUUCGCUUUCGCAUUUUUUGAACAUGAGAGCCAAUGGAUACCAAGAUUUACCGUCAUUUCCAGAGGUAGCACCAGAUAGUUCUGUUCGCUUCGUCGAAUUAACAACAAAAUAUGGGCAACCCGUACAUACAAUACAAACUGAUAUCAAAGAUCAAAGUCUAUUAGAAGGCAAAUCAAAAGAAAAAAGGUGUCCAAAGUUAAAAUCGUUUUACUCACAAUCUGAGAAAAGCUCAUCGGAAGAUGAAAGUGAAUCCGGAUCAAGUUCAACUUCUGGAAGUUCUACAGAAUCUUCUUCAAGAUUUAGUUCUGUAUCAGCAUAUGAAGCAAAUAAAAAUGCAAGAACUGAAAACCAGUAUAAUGAAGUAGAUGGUGCCUUUGACGCUAGAUUCGAAUCAUUGGAAAGUGAUAACAGCAACAGUGGUAACGACAGUUACAACAGCUCAACAAGUGAUAAUAGUGAAAGUUGUUCUAGCGCACCGAGCUCAAAAUUUGCAAAUAAUGAACUUUUAAGAAGAAAAUCGUGCGACAGAUCUCAAACUGAGACAGAAAAACAACUGAAUAAUAAAAAUGUUGACCUACUUCUGAAUCUCGACGAUAUUCUACCAAUAGGUCCGAUUAUGACUCCUUCAUUGGCUGGAUUUUUAACUCCUAUGAUUGGGGCGACGACAAAAAUCCAAACGCAAUGCGAAAUCGAUUUAGUUGGUCCCAGUUAUAUUUCUACGUGUUGUAGCGAGCUGCUAAAUAGAGUCAAUGGAUUUGGUCUUGGAAUUACCUAUCGCUUCACGCGUGCUCCUCAUUUGUAUUCAGCCAGGAUGAUUUCAGUUGAAUUAAUUUUUACCAAUUAUGGUCCCAACAAGUUAGAAGAUAUUAAACUCAGCCAGAAAAAUCUGCCUCCUGGCAUGAUGUUGAACGAGUUUCCACCGAUUGAUGUACUAAAUAUACAACAAUCGAAAAUGGGUGUUUUGGGACUAGAUUCUAACGAUUCGACCCAACCAGUAAGCUUUGAAAUAAUGUCAAAUAGUGGAAGCAGCAGCGUUAUUCUCAAAAUCCCUGUUGGGGAGCUAGUUCGGUCAAUUUCGAUAUCGGUAUCAUUAUUUGCAACUGAACGUGCAAAACUUAGAGGUAUGACAGAACAUUUCUGCAGUGUAGAACUUAAUCCUGCUUUGUCGAUUGCGAAUGGUUCAUUGCAUCAGCGCAUUUAUGAAACGGCCAAUGUGGCAAACAUCCAGAGUACCGAAGUGAAUCAGUUAUUUUUUGCUGGUCAAACGAUGAAUUCGUCAAGCCUAGUAUUAAUCGUGUUACAAAUAAAUAAGAUGACGGAAUGUAUACUGACUGUUAAUUGUGAAAAAAUUGUUAUUGGAUCAAUGUUACUGAAUGAGAUUAAAGCAGCACUUAAACGUUAAUUAUACUAAAUCAUUCAAUUUUUUAUAAUCUGGAAUUAGGCAAAUGAUUCGGGAAUUAGUUGAACAAUGUUAUUAAUCCUUUUUGUAAGGACUAGCAUUUCUAAUAUUUCACAAGUAAAACCUUAAGCAACCAUUUAAAGCUAUUACAUAGAUAAAUACAUAAUAAUGAUUGAAAAUUUGAGCAGAAAAAUUGCAUUUUU